AUGUCUCGGCCAUGCCUCCUCUGGCCUGGCUCAUGGCGCCCGUUGUGGUGGCUCCACGCAGUCUGUGGGCUGGGCGCUUGGCCAUUGGUCGAACCAGGCUCAAUAUUCUCCCAUGUCUUCCCCCAAUAUCCCCUAGCAUCCAGAGCUGAGCGACAAAGUGAGCUCUCUCCUUUGCCCAGCAAUCACAUCCCCAGCCCAAGGCGCUGUGACAAGGCCCUAGGCCUGCAGUUCCUGGACGAUCCAUGCCACUCGGAGCAGAAGGAAGCUCGUGCACAACCAACAGCCGGACCUCAUCCGCCCCAAGACAGUGGUGUUCGGGGCCCCACGAGCCCUCACCUCAACGACUCUCUGCCCUGCUUGUGCCGCUUCGUUCCUGGAUUGAGACAUGUCCAUUCCCUUUCGAGUUUUGCCCCUCUCUCUCGCCUUAAGAACCAGGGAUCCCCCUCAAUCACCUGCAUUCUACUAUCUGUUGUUCACUUCAUUUGUCUUGAUUACUUUUCAACAAUUGAGCGAUCACAAUUCACCCAUUACUCCGGCUUGGAGUCCCGUUCAUGCUUCGGGAGUGUCGGACACGACCAUCUAUCACCCCGUUCUUCGCUGCCCAAGUCUUCGAACUGGGGCGAGCUGGAGAGACCGGUUACUUCUGAUAGUUCGACUCUCUACUCGAACCGCCGACCUCGGAUUACAUCAACGGAUCAACGGUUCUACGCGAAUCUUCCCGAGAAGAUAAAACGCCGCCAUCUGACUGACGAGGAACUCUUGAUCGCCCUCGACCGACCAAAAUCGACUCCCGAAGCCGUGGAAGAACCAUUGGACAAAGACAAGAAGCGUCCGUCACAAGAAAUGAGAAUGCAGUCUGCUCAGUUCAGCCCAGGGCUGUCUGACGACCAAUCGUCGUUCUCGAGCGUACAGCGCCGAAAGAGUGACAGAGAACCUCGCCGUUCGGACAACAACAGGCCGGAUUCUUUCUACGACAGCUUCCGGUGGCUCGAAGAUGAGGAAGGCCUGGAUCUGCGUCUGUAUCUGGACGAUUACCACAUCAAUCUCCGUGAGGAGGUGCCGGUUCCAAAUAAAAGCCGCAGACCAUCGUUCCGACGGCAUCUGUCGAUCAACAAAUUGCCAUUCGGCAGACCCUCGGUUUCUUACACGAGACCUCUUCCCAGGGAAGGAGUUGUGUCACCAACCUCUAUCUCUCCUUCAGCCUCUCAGAACUCUACCAUUGGCUCAUCGGGGCACAUCCGACGCAAGUCUCGCGCUCUAUCCUUGGUGUCCCCCAACAAGCAGAUGUCACCACGCUCAUCCCCUCCUAUCCCUCCUAUCGAUCCUGCGGCAACUCAUUAUCAAGACCCUGAAGCCCGCCAGAAGCUGCGAGCGUAUCUCGCCUCACCCCAAAAGUUUGAUGAGGCAAUCGAGUUUGGGUUUCCAUCCAAGGAUGGCUCGCCCCGGGAGCCCACAUUUACCAGACCCGUCGGGUCCAAGAAAGAGAAUGCCAAGGAGUCAGACAAGUUCCGCAGUUUCUUGGAAGACGACCGGUCAUCAAGAUACAGCGAUGAUGCAUCAGUAGCCGAGCCCGAGUCACCGAAAACACCUCAGCUGUUUGACAAGCCGGCGCCGGUGCGACCAGCCCGGACAAGCAUUGAGCAGCCUCCAUGCGCCCCCAGGAGCGACAAGAGUAUCCUGGAUCAGGCUUCAUGUCGAGAGAUGACUCUUCGCAUGACGCUGACGCGACCGGAUCUUCGGCAAAGUGAGGAUCAAAUCUACGGUUGGAAGCAGCCCGGAAGCAGCCGAGGGGGCCCUUCUCGGGAUGAGUCCACCACCAGCACUGUCUAUGCUCGCGAUGGUAACCCGAAAGAGAGCAUCGAGAGGCAGCUCGCAGCCUUGGACGAGUGGGGUGAGGGCGCUGAGCACGACAAUGGGGUUGUCAAGAGGUUCUGGAACCGGGUCAAGCGGACAUGAUUGCCCUUGACGGCCUCUUAUUCAACACCUACUCUCUCACCAAAGAGAGCACUUGAGAACUAUCUGAUGCCCCUGUGGCGCUUCUACGGAAGCUUGUUCUUU